AUGGAAGAUUCAUCAGGAAUGAAAAACCAAAUUUUAAUUGAUAUCAACGCUGAUCUAUGGGUAUAUCAUAUUUUCCCGUGUUUGAGAUAUUUAGAUUUCAUGUCCCUACGAUUAGUAUGCAAGACUCUAUUCAAUUAUUUAGAAAAUGAACAAUCAAACAGAUACCAAGCCUUCACUAAACGUGUUCAUGAUCGAACAGCACAAAACUAUUUAUUUAAAAUUGGCGAUCAUGUCGGACUCAUGCAUUACCCAUGCCCACAAUAUUCAACACUAAGAGAUUAUUCGGAUUUAUAUUAUUUAACUUGUGAGGAAUUUGAAUAUAUAGUUUGGAAUAUUCCAGAUAAUCUAUUGAAGCGAGUGUGGGAUAAUCUCACUAAGAGAAUGAUUUACAAAGCCCGUGUGGAUCUUUCCUCGUAUACGUUCGAUAGAGAGAAAACAAGUUCAAUGAUUUUCUUCAAGUAUUUAGGAAUUGGGUGA